AUGGCAAAAUUCAACUUCACGCAAGUGACUGAAUUUAUUCUCAGAGGUAUCACAGAUAGUGCAGAGCUCCAGGCACCACUCUUUAUACUUUUCUCAGCCAUCUACAUAGUCACAGUGGUAGGGAACCUUGGCCUAAUUAUAUUAAUCAGAAUUGACUCUCGACUUCAUACACCUAUGUACUUUUUCCUUAGUCAUUUAGCUUUUGUUGAUUUCUGCUAUUCCUCAGCCAUCACACCCAAGAUGGUAGUAAAUUUUGUAGUGGAGAAAAAUACCAUUUCAUUCAAUGCUUGUGCAACCCAGCUAGGAUGUUUUCUGACAUUUAUGAUCACAGAAUGUUUCCUUUUAGCAUCCAUGGCCUAUGACCGUUAUGUAGCUAUCUGUAAUCCAUUGCUUUACUCACUCAUUAUGUCUCAGAAAGUCUGCAUUCAGUUAGUUGCUGUUCCAUAUAUUUACAGUUUUUUGGUUGCAUUGUUCCAUACCAUUGUCACAUUCCGAUUAUCUUACUGUGGCCCCAAUGUCAUCAAUCAUUUUUAUUGUGAUGAUCUUCCCCUCUUGGCCCUGGCCUGCUCAAGCACCCACACAAAAGAGAUGUUGACUUUUGCCUUUGCUGGGUUCAACAUGAUUUGUUCUUCAACGAUUGUCCUCAUUUCCUAUAUUUUCAUAAUUGCUGCCAUCUUGCGUAUCCGUUCCACAGAGGGCAGACUCAAAGCUUUCUCCACCUGUGGAUCCCAUAUGGUGGCUGUCACCAUUUUCUAUGGCACAUUGAUCUUUAUGUACCUACAGCCCAAGUCGAGUCACUCCCUAGACACAGACAAAAUGGCAUCAGUUUUUUACACAGUGGUCAUUCCCAUGUUGAACCCUCUAAUCUACAGUUUAAGGAACAAAGAGGUGAAAGAGGCCCUGAAGAAGGCUCAAGCCCAAGGACAUGAAACAUUAAAAAUGCUUCAGUCCAGAAAGUGA